ACAGUGUCGCUGUCAGAGCGCGGAGGACGCGAGCGGAGGAAUGUGGACGCGCGGGCGGUAGGAGACGGGACGAGGAAGAAGGAGGAGGAGGAGGAGACGCUGCGUCAUGUCCGCGCUCGGUGGCUGCGUGUAGUUGCUCGUGGGCGGGCUCUGGACUGGACUGGACUGUCUGUCUGUCGGAGGGGGAGGAGGGGGGCGGGGGGGGAGUUUGCUCCAAACUGUCCAGGUGACCGCGCCGUGCCACCGGCGCUUCGUGGUGUUGUUGUUUUCAGCCUCUCGUUGUGGACAACCCACGCGGAGCAGCAGCGGGACGCGUCGAGUCUGAAGGGCUGUGGCUCAACCCCCGGGUGAAUAUCCGUCCUGCUUCCCUCAAAGUUCACCGCAGGAGGAAUCACUUCGACGAGCUGUCGCUCCUCUGUUCCCCGUGUCCAGGAGGUUCCCCCGCGUCGCAACAUGGUGAACAGCCAGGCGUCCGGCGCGCCUCCGCCGCCCCCCAGGUCGUGCGCGGGAUGCGGGGGGAAGAUCGCCGACCGCUUCCUGCUCUUCUCCAUGGAGCGCUACUGGCACACCCGCUGCCUCAAGUGCUCCUGCUGCCAAGCCCAGCUGGGGGACAUUGGCACCACCUGCUACAGCAAAGGGGGCAUGAUUCUGUGUCGGAGCGACUACAUCAGACUGUUCGGGCACAGCGGGGCGUGCAGCGCCUGUGGCCAGUCGAUUCCAGCCAACGAGAUGGUAAUGAGGGCGCAGGGAAAUGUUUACCACCUCAAGUGUUUCAGCUGUGCCACCUGUAGACACAGACUGAUGCCCGGCGAUCGCUUCCACUACAUCAACGGCACAAUCUUCUGCGAGCACGACAGACCCGGCGCCGCCUUGCUCAACAGCCACCUGCCUCCACUUCAGAGCAACUCGGUGCUGACCGACCAGAAGGUUUGCUGAGUGGCAGCAGCGCCACAGUUGGUUUUUGCCCCUCGCCUGCUCUACCCGAGCUCCACUCCUCCGCAUUUUGCACCUCCUCUUCUCCUGCCACUGUCGCCGCCGCCGCCGCCGUCGUUGUGGAUUUUCAUCGCCGCCUCUCUUACCUGGAGAGGCCACUGUUCUUUUACUCCCAAGACCCAAGACGUCCCCCCCCCCCCGUCCGUCGCCGCAUCAGACUCAGUGUAGCGUGCACAAAGUCACAUUUUAUGUUUUGUUCGAUGUUAAAGUGGUGUGUGCAUCAUGCGAAGACUUGCAGUGUGUGUGUGUGUGUGUGUAUGUAUGUGUGUGUGUGUGUGUGUGUGUGUAUGUGUGUAUGUAUGUGUGUGUAUGUAUGUGUGUGUGUGUGUGUGUGUGUGUACGUGUGUGCGUGCGUGCGUGUGUGUGCGAGUGUGUGCGGAGACUGCACUGGCCAAGGGCUUCAUCGGGACAAAGAGGAAGCUCGGAGGGGAAGAAGAAAAAAAAGACGAUGAAAGCCAGCGCCAACUGGAAGAGGGAACAAAAGAAGCUCGAAUGAAUGUUUGAUGGACUGCUGUUACACGACUGUCAGAGCUUUGCCGACGCCAUGUGGCAUCAUUUCCCCCGAGCGCCAGUGUUUUUAACGAACUCUUGAUCUCCCCCUCUCUCUCUUGUAUAUUGUAAAUCGGAGAUCUCACACACUUGAGGGUUGAAUGUAAAAAAAAAAUAUGUGGGGUGUCAUUGGAAAACCUUUUCAACGGGGGGGGGGGCUUCAACCAGAAACUUUUUUCCAAGCACUCGAGGAAAUAUUGACGAAAUCAGACGCACUGCACAGAGAAAAACUGAAGUGAUCCAGUGCUCUUGCUUUUUUAUUUUUAUUUUAUUUCUCUAGUUCAGUGUGUGUGUGUGUGGGGGGGGGGAGAAAAAAAAUCCUAUUAAAAUGAUUUUCCUGUAACGUGUUGCGAAGUGAGCCGAGGUCAUUUGGUUUCACCCUCGGCAGCGUUACAGUGGCACCUCGCAUGGUGGCUGUGGCUAACUGCCCCCCCGCCCCCCCACACUCGCUUUAGCCCUGUAUGGCGAGAACACGCCUGAUUACCCCGAGGAAUGGAAUUAGGAGGCUUGAGCUCUGACCAUUUACAGAAGCAAUUAAACAUGAGCCCUGUAUCUGUGCUCCCGGAGCUCCUGGGGGGCUGAACUCGGGGCACAUCCCGUGGCUGACUGGCUCAGUGGCUGCCUGCCUCUUAUAAAGACUAAUCUGAGAGCGGGCUAAUUAAAGGGGCGUGGCCCCGCUUUACAUCCAGGGCAUUUGAAACAAUCUGAUGUAUUUACUGUUUACCAUGUUCCAAUUAAAGCUCCCACGCCGCCCGGGCUGUUUCCCAAUCA